AUGUACUGGAAAUCAUUCAUCGCUCAGAUAUUUGUUGUAUCGCUUUGUUUCCAAAGCGCCUGCUGCUCUGUUCCUUUGAUUGUCUAUUCACAUUUAUUAGUUCCAAAAUUACAAGCAUAUAUAAAUAACUUCAAGCACUUAGAAUUCCCAAUAGAAAGAUUAAAUGAAGUUACUAAAAAGGCAAUUGAACCAUGUACAUCAGAUGCUUAUGUAUUAGUGAAUCAUCCAGGUUUAACAUUAGAAGAUUUACAAGAUCCAAGUUUAUUUAAAUUCUUAAGAACCUAUAUGUUAAUGAGUUCUUCCCUUGGUGCAAUUCCAAGAGCUGAAAAGCCUGUUGAUUUUGAUAAAUUGGAAGAUCUUGCAAUUAGUAGAUGUGGUGCUCAUAAAAUUGAAGUUGAUGGGCUUGAAGAAGUGCCGACUUAUAUUGAUUCAAGAACAAGAGUUAUAAGAGUUAAUUUCCCAAGACUUCCUGAAGAUCCUGAAGAAAGAAAAGAAGCGCUUAUAAAAGCUGAUGAAGCAUUAAGACAUACAUUAAGAAAGUUACCUUCUCCACAUCAUACCAUGAUUUAUACAAAUCAAGAACCAGGGGUUUUGAAUAAAUUGAAAGAACGUAAAUACUCUAAGUUGGACAUUUUUGAAGAUAUUACAAGAGAACCAACAAGACAGUAUGAAGUUGAGAGAAACAUCAAAGAAAAAAAAGUUGAACCUUACUUCCAUGAAAAGAGAACAAAUUUGAUAGAUAGAAAAGCAUCUGAGCCACCAAAAUUCUUUGAUGCAGACUUCCUCAUUGAAAACGAAGUUUUAGUACUGGGAAUUGUUGGUAUUACAUUAGUUUUAUUUAUUCAUCAAACUUUCUUGUUGCUCAAAUUCUUGGUGAAAAGGGCAUUCAGAUCUAACAAGCAAGUAGAAGAGAAGAAAAAUAAAUGA